AUGUUCUUUGGCGAAGAUUCAGAGCUCGAAGAGGACGAAGACACCACCGUGGGUGAUGAAGACAUUGUACCCAUCCAUUCAUCAGCCCUAUAUCACGAUCCUGAUAUGGGUAUUGAGGCUAGUGGAGAGGCGGUGUUCUGCGCUUUUCCCCACAAAUUCUUCUGGAAUCAUAUGGAUGAGGAGAGAGGAUGGGGUGAUGGUUGGCUUCAUUGA